AUGUCCAAAAAGGCCACUGACUUUCUUUUCAACAACAUCCUGGGCGAGGGUUCGUUCGCUACUGUUUACGCUGGUGUAGAGAUCGCCAAUCGUCGCGAAGUUGCCAUAAAAGUGUGUGAAAAGAGGCUGAUCCAAAGCGAGCGCAAAGCCGUCUACAUCAUGAAUGAGAAGAACAUUAUGGCCUUGCUGAACGACCAUCCACACCCGUUCCUCGUUCGUCUCUACUGCACCUUCCAAGACAAUACCCGUCUUUUGAUUCGUUUUUGUUUUCUGAUCGAUAAAAUGCGUUUUUAUUUAGACUUUGUAAUGAGCUUAGCGAAGAACGGCGACCUGUUGUCCUAUUUGAAGAAACUCGGUAGUUUCAGUGAACCCGUGUGUCAGUUCUACUCUGCCGAAUUGAUCCUUGCCCUGGAACAUCUGCACAGCUUGGGAAUCGUUCAUCGGUUAGUAGCUACUAACUUGUCUUUUCAUUCCAGAUUGAUUAUUUGGGAUAAAAAUAAUUAAUA